UUUCAAACACAAACAACUAAGAAUUACAAGCAUCAGAAGCAAUAGAGUAGGAAUAUCAGAUAAAAGUUCGCUUUUCAACAUGGGGAGAAAAAAAUCAAUUCAUCGGUUUCAGUACUUCACUGUCAUUGUUCCACCAACUCCACGUGUACAAAUGCAUAAUUCACUAACUAAAAAAUUACAAUCUCGGAGAGAGGGUCGAGCCCAUCGCAGGAAAAUCUUUCACUUCUCCCUUCGACUCCCUUCUUACAUGAUAAAUCAGGAAACGAGCGCAAGCGCGUUAGCUUCCUUGAACUGGUCUCUAUAAUAUUGUCAUUAGUAUCAAGCGAGCAUUCAAACAUCAACGAUGCGAAAGGGGGAGCACAAGAAGAAAAUAGUCGCGAAAACAUAUGAAUUCGAGCAAUACGUGAACCUCAGUAUUCAAUGGACCCGAUGGAUCUUGAAGUCGAUCGGGCUCUGGCCAAACUCACGAUCCACGAUGAACAAAUACAUUUAUAGGCUGAUAAACAUUCUGUGUUACAGUUUGAUCAUUUACCUGUUUAUACCGUGCAGUCUUUAUACAUUCUUCGAAGUAAAGGACGUCUACCAGAAGAUUAAACUAGUUGGUCCAUUGAGCUUUUGCGUGAUGGCGUUUCUUAAGUACUACUUGCUUAUCGUUCACGAGGAAGACAUCCGCGAGUGCGUCAAACGCAUCGAAUGGGACUGGAAGAACAUCACCUACUCUAAGGACAGAGAAGUGAUGAUAGAAAACGCGAAUUUCAGCAGGAAGUUCGUCGUGGUCUGCGUAUUUUUUAUGUACAGUGGGUUCGCAUUUUAUUACAUAGCUCUACCGAUCAACGUAGGCAAAAUUCCAGCGGAGGAUCAAAAUCUGACCUUCAUACCGAUGGUGUUCCCAUUUUCAAAAUUCAUCAUAGACACUCGCAAGAGUCCAAUAAACGAGCUUUGCUUCUCGUUUCAAGUAUUAGCCGGCGCGCUGAUGCACAGUAUAACUGCGGCUGCUUGCAGUUUGGCUGCCGUAUUGGCGAUUCAUGCUUGCGGCCAGAUGCAAGUAUUAAUGAAGUGGCUGGAACAUUUGGUAGACGGCCGAUCAGACAUGGACGAUAAUGUGGACAGGAGAAUCGCUAUGAUCGUUAACCAGCAUGUUCGACUAUUGAAGUUUUUAGCGCUCACAGAAAAAACGCUUCAACCUGUAUCAUUCGUAGAAUUCUUAGGAUGCAUGAUAAACAUAUGUCUUCUCGGAUACUACGUUAUUAUGGAGUCAAGUGCGAAUCAUUUAACCAGUGCAGCAACGUGUCUAGUAAUACUUAUAUCCCUUACAUUCAAUAUUUUCAUAUUUUGCUACAUAGGCGAAUUGGUGGCCGAACAGUGUAAACAAAUUGGGGAAGUAUCAUACAUGGCUAAUUGGUAUAAAUUGAGCGGAAGCAAGAAACUCCCUUUCAUUUUAAUUAUUGCAAUGGCCAAUUCGUCCGUGAAACUUACUGCUGGAAAUAUGGUCGACUUGUGCCUAACUACAUUCAGCGACGUAAGUAUAAACGAUUAUAAAUCAUCUUAUCAAGCGAGCAUUCAAACAUUAACGAUGCGAAAAGGGGAACACAAGAAGAAAAUAGUCGCGAAAACAUAUGAAUUCGAGCAAUACGUGAACCUCAGUAUUCAAUGGACCCGAUGGAUCUUGAAGUCGAUCGGGCUCUGGCCAAACUCGCAAUCCACGAUGAACAAAUGCAUUUACAGACUGAUAAACAUUCUAUGUUACAGUUUGAUCAUUUACCUGUUUGUACCGUGCAGUCUUUACGUAUUCCUAGAAGUGAAGGACGUCUAUGAUAAAAUUAAACUCUUUGGUCCGUUGAACUUUUGCGUGAUGGCGUUUCUCAAGUACUACUUGCUUAACAUUCACGAGGAAGACAUCCGCGAGUGCGUCGAACGCAUCGAAUGGGACUGGAAGAACCUCACAUACUCUAAGGACAGGGAAGUGAUGAUAGAAAAUGCCAAUUUCGGCAGGAAGUUGGUCAUCGUUUGCGUAUUUUUUAUGUACAGUGGGUUCGCAUUUUAUUACAUAGCUCUACCGAUCAGCGUAGGCAAAAUUCCAGCGGAGGAUCAAAAUCUGACCUUCAUACCGAUGGUGUUCCCAUUUUCGAAAUUCAUCAUAGACACUCGCAACAGUCCAAUAAACGAGCUUUGCUUUUCGUUUCAAGUGUUAGCCGGUGCGCUGUUGCACAGUAUAACUGCGGCUGCUUGCAGUUUAGCUGCCGUAUUGGCGGUUCAUUCUUGCGCCCAGAUGCAAGUGCUAAUAAACUGGCUGAAUCAUUUGAUCGACGGCCGAUCAGACAUGGAAGACGAUGUAGAUAGGAGACUAGCUAUGAUCGUUAACCAGCAUGUUCAAUUAUUGCAAUUUUUAGCGCUCAUAAAAAAAACGCUUGAAUCGGUAUCAUUUAUAGAAUUCUUAGGAUCCAUGCUACACAUAUGUGUUCUCGGAUACUACAUUAUUAUGGAGUCGAGUUCGAAUCAUUUAACCAGUACAGUGACGUUCCUUCUACUACUCAUAUCCAUUGUAUUCAAUAUUUUCAUAUAUUGCUAUAUAGGUGAAUUGGUGGCUGAACAGUGUAAACAAAUUGGGGAAGUAUCUUACAUGGUCAAUUGGUAUAAAUUGAGAGGAAGCAAGAAACUCCCUUUCAUUUUAAUAAUUGCAAUGGCCAAUUCGUCCGUGAAACUUACUGCCGGAAAUAUGGUCGACUUGUGCCUAACUACUUUCACCGACAAAACGUUACCAGCGAUUUCUCUCCCUUUUGCGAGAGGGAAACCGAGCGCAAGCGCAACAUUUUGCUUCUACUUUCGAAUCGUCAUGAAGAAUCGCGCGAGCAUCAGUGACAACACGAACGUCCGAGAGUGAACGAUGCGAAACGAAAAAUCGCUGAACGCGCGGUCUGUCGUUGACGAUUAUCAACGAAACGUGAAUGUUGCCAUCCAGUGGAAUCGUUGGCUGAUGAAAUCUAUCGGUACCUGGCCGUAUUCUCGUAUCGAUUCCGGGAUCAACAGAUUUCUCUCCUUGGUGACAAACAUCGUGUGCUGCGGUCUGAUCAUAUUCCUGUUCGUGCCCUGCCUCGUUUUCCUACUCAUGGACGUCGAGAGCUUCAGCGGUAAGAUCAGACUGGUUGGCCCGUUGAGUUUCUUCGUGAUGACGUUUCUAAUAUACUAUCUGCUGAUGUUUCACGAGAACGACAUCCGCGAAUGCAUCGAGCACAUAAAAUGGGACUGGAGGAACAUCGGACACGGCGAGGACAAAAAUGUGAUGAUGGUGUACGCGAACUACGGAAGGAAAUUAAUGGCCAUGUGUACCUUCUUCGUGUACUGUAGUUUCGUUUUCUACUAUUUCGUCCAGCCUGUUUCCAUGGGAAAGGCGAGGGACGGCAACCUGACCUUCAUACCAAUAGCGUUUCCUUUCGCGACGAUAAUCGCCGACAUCCGCGUCAGUCCUACCAACGAGAUCGUCUACUCCAUUCAAGUUUUGGCAGGUGUGGUGAUGCAUUCGAUCACAUCUGCCAUGUGCACCUUGGCUGCGACGUUCGCUGUACAUGCCUGCGGUCAGAUGGAAGUAUUGAUGAUUUGGCUGGAGCAUUUGAUCGAAGGACGAUCGGAUAUGAGCAAGUCAGUGGACAGCAGGAUAGCAAACAUUGUAGAUCAACAUGUCCGAAUAUUAAAAUUUCUAGCGCUUACAGAGAAAUCGCUUCAGCAGAUAUCCUUCGUAGAAUUUUUAGGCUGUACCAUGAAUCUAUGUCUUCUAGGAUUCUACAUUAUACAGGAAUGGAACCAGAGCAACAUGUCGCAAAUGAUAACAUAUGUAACGCUACUCUCAUCAUUUACCUUUAACAUUUUCAUAUUUUGUUACAUAGGGGAGCUUGUCGCUGGACAGUGUGAGAAAGUCGGCGAGAUGACGUACAUGAUCGAAUGGUAUCGACUGUCAGGGAAGAAAAAGCUUUGUUGCGUCCUUAUCAUCGCUAUGUCCAAUUCGUCGAUAAAAUUCACUGCGGGAAACAUGGUAGAAUUAUCGAUCAGCACUUUCAGUGAUGUUGUUAAAACGUCGGUAGGCUUCUUAAACAUGUUGCGAGCGAUAACAUAAAUAAGUGCUGAUAAUUAGAGUGCUAAUUGAGUACUUGUAUGAGACUCACGUGUUUAUGUCAAUCCAACACUCGUCGCCUGUAUACGUGUGGAAUUAUAUGCUAUUCCUGUUAUAGUUGAUGAUUAAUGAAAUCUUGAAUGAACAUUUACUACCCUAAAUGGUCAAAUGAAAAUCGGAUAAUUAGGUAGAAGAAACUCUAUUUGAUAACGUUAUCAUCCACGCGAUUCCACUCAGCAUCACAUAACAAAAAUCUAUUCUGUUACUACAUUUUCAUAUUUUCUACCAUCUAAAGAAUAACUGAAUGUGACCGAAUCGCGGUUUACUUGAAAUGCUAUUGUCGCACCGUUCAAAGAACUCCUUCCUGUUAUUUUCUUCCACCACAAAAAAGAACGAAGAAGAAAACAAGAUAGAACCGCGCAUGUAUUUCGCGACUCUAGACUUUUCCCAAGUUGUAGCCUUUUGUGUCUUGCGCUGUCUUGAUUGACCAAAAUUGGUCGCGUUGAAAGAAUAAUUCCGGCAAAGGAAAAAAAGAGAAAUCGACGCAUGCGCCGGCUUUGGUCGUACGAAUACCUGCGCUAU